AUGUUUUGCCCUGAAUGUGGAACUCAAGUGGGCAGGACAUUUAAAUUCUGCCCUGAAUGUGGCUACAAGUUAUUUCUUUUGUCUCAAAAAAAGGCUCAAGAUGGUGCCACAUCAACACAUAUAAUUUCAACCACGACUAAGGAGAAAACCCAAAAUGAGGAUCAAGACCAGGCUGCAAAAGAAGAUGAAGGUAUAAAGGAAAACACCACCCAAAUACAGGGACAGUUGGCUACUGAUGAUUCUGAGCUGGACAGCAAAGGUGCUGCAUCAUCAGAUAGCAGUACAAACCCAGCCACAGUGAAAAAUGAAAGUGCAUCUUCAUCUCUUCACCAGACACAGUUGGACAGUGAACUAGCAGUUUGUGAGGAGAAACAGAAGCAAAAUGCUGUGGCUGCUGAAAGUACCUCUGACUCAUGCAGUGAGGCAACACCUGAAACAAACCUGUCUGUUUCAACAACACCCUUCCCUACAUCUGCCCACAGCAAAAUACCAGCACAUCAAACAAGGGAUUCAUCAGAUAAAAACAAAGAUGACACUCCAGAUCCACAUCAAACUCCUGCUGACAAGCUAAGUGAUGUUCAUCCUGGACCCUUGUCUAACUCCAAAGAUUCCCCAACAACCAAAGAAGCUGAGUCUACUGUCCCUGAAUCAUCUGAGGACAUAUUAAAAGAAGCCAAAGCAGCAACGCAGCCUGCCCCACACCAAGAUACAAACAAGGCAACAUCUCAUGAGAUUCAAAAUCUCUCUCGAAAGUCUGCUGAUAAGGAAAACUCCAUGAACACAGAUCAAAAUACAUUCACAAAACAGGCUGACAGGGAAAAAGAUCAAGUAGAAGGAGAUGAGACGUGUUAUUCAGAUGAUCAAAAUACCACAAAGUCAGAGAAGUCUACAAGCCCCAGCCCAGUAACAAAGGACACCAGCAAAGACACUGAGGGACAGUUGGCUACUGAUGAUUCUGAGCUGGACAGCAAAGGUGCUGCAUCAUCAGAUAGCAGUACAAACCCAGCCACAGUGAAAAAUGAAAGUGCAUCCUCAUCUCUUCACCAGACACAGUUGGACAGUGAACUAGCAGCUUGUGAGGCGAAACAGAAGCAAAAUGCUGUGGCUGCUGAAAUUAACUCUGACUCAUGCAGUGAGGCAACACCUGAAACAAACCUGUCUGUUCCCACAACAACACCCUCUCCUACAUCUGCCCACAAUAAAAUACCAGCACAUCAAACAAGGGAUUCAUCAGAUAUAAACAAAGAUGACACUCCAGAUCCACAUCAAACUCCUGCUGACAAGCUAAGUGAUGUUCAUCCUGGACCCUUGUCUAACUCCAAAGAUUCCCCAACAACCAAAGAAGCUGAGUCUACUGUCCCUGAAUCAUCUGAGGACAUAUUAAAAGAAGCCAAAGCAGCAACACAGCCUGCCCCACACCAAGAUACAAACAAGGCAACAUCUCAAAAUCUCUCUCGGAAGUCUGCUGAUAAGGAAAACUCCAUGAACACAGAUCAACGUACGUUCACAAAACAGGCUGACAGGAAAAAAGACCAAGUAGAAGGAGAUGAGACGUGUUAUUCAGAUGAUCAAAAUACCACAAAGUCAGAGAAGUCUUCAAGACCCAGCCCAGUAACAAAGGACACCAGCAAAGACACUGAGGUACAAUUGGCUGCUGAUGAAUCACAGCUGGACAGAGAGCAUUCUACAACACCAGACAACAUUGCAACCCAAGUUGUAGCAGAAAAUGGAAUCAGAUCCACAUCCCUUCUGCAGACACAGCUGGAAAGUAAAUUAGCUACUCUCCCUCAAGGUAUAGAGUCUUGUAAUAAGAAAGAGGGACAUCUUGCUGUGACUGUUGAAAGUGACUCUGAAUUAUGCAGUAAGGCAACACCUGAAACAAACCUGUCUGUUUCCACAACGCCAGUAACACCAAAGGACACCACCAAAAACACUGAGGCUACUUCCACUAACUCAAAUAAGGACACAGGUGCACAUCUGGCAAAAGAACAGAAACGAGGCAACAGAGAUGUAAUUGGCUCUAGGCCACCAACUUCACCCUGCCCUCCCCACCAUAGUGAUGUCCAAGUGGGCCAUCAGAGACCACAAAAUUCAUCAGUCAGUGAAGGAAUAUCAGUGUAUUUUCACGUUGUCGUUUCUAAAGACUUUCACUGGGAUCCAGAGAAAGACUUCGUUGUGUUAAAAUCUGCUGCACUGUUAGGAAGCUGGGAUGCUUCGAUCGCAAUGUUCCCCAGGUCUCUUGGAGAUAAGAGAUAUCUUGUUGAAAGAAAUGUUAAAAUUCCCAAGGAAAAACUUCAUGAGAGUAUACCCUACAAAUAUGCAGUUUACAAGCACAGUAAAAAGGAGUUCAUUUAUGAGGCCAUCUACCAGCAAGAGAAAAAUGACUGGAUCAACAGAUGUCUGUCAAUCAAACAAGAGCUUUUAACAAGAGAAGGCCUGUACUAA